UUGAAUCGCUCUCCUUUACGAGUGGAAACGAUAGCUCCCGUUGUGUGAGAGCCGCUAUCACAACUCACGGCGCGCCACCUUUCCUCGGAUUUUACGUUGUACUUUUAAAGAAGUUUACAGGAAGCGUUCUCAGGUUGGAGUUUAUGACAAUACUCGGGGAAUGAAAGUGGAGCGGACGCCUGAAACAAAGUAAAAGAGGAGGUUUGAUGGCUGCUGGGGAUGGAGCCCAGCUGCCUGCCACCGUAGCGGCCAGCCGGAGCGUGGAGAAGGCGCUGGAGGAGGCUGCUGCUAGCGGGGCUCUCAACUUGUCCAACCGAAAACUGAAGGAGUUUCCCCGCAGUGCCAGGAACUACGACCUGUCCGACAUCACACAUGCAGAUCUGUCCAAGAACCGCCUGUGUGAGCUGCCGGAGGAGCUGUGUCAGUUCAUCUCCGUGGAGACGCUGAGUCUUUACCACAAUGGGAUGCGUUCACUGUCCUCCAGCCUGGGCAACCUGCAGGCCCUCACCUACCUCAACCUCAGUCGUAAUCUUCUGUCCAGUUUACCCCCAUCGGUGUUUCAGCUUCCCCUCCUGCGAGUGCUCAUAGUGAGCAACAACAAGCUGUGUUCACUACCUGCCUCCAUAUACUCCCUCACACACCUCCGGCAGCUGGAUGUGAGCUGCAAUGAGCUGCAGGGUUUGCCAGCAGAGCUCGGACAGCUGGAGUCUCUGAGGGAUCUGAACCUGAGGAGGAACCAGCUCACCACUUUGCCUGAAGAAAUAUCCGAGCUCCCUCUGGUCCGGCUCGAUGUGUCCUGCAACCGCAUUUCCCAUGUGCCCCUGUGCUACCGCCACCUGCGGCACCUGCAGACCGUCCUGCUGGACAACAACCCGCUGCAGAUGCCCCCGGCGCAGAUCUGCUCCAAGGGAAAAUACCACAUCUUCAAGUAUCUCAACAUGGAGGCCUGCAAGAGAAACCAGGAGGAGCUGGAGAGACACCUGAGGCCCACCGGGUUCAACAGCUGUCUAUCAGAACAGGAGCUUUUCACAGGUCAGUUCGGAGGGCUGGAUUCUGGCUACAGUGUGGACAGCGGCAGCAAACGCUGGUCUGGGAAUGAGUCAGCAGAUGACUUCUCGGAGCGUUCCCUCCGGUUAGCUGAGGUCAGCAGAGAGCAGAGGAACCUGGAGGAGGAAGAGGAGGAGGAAGAGGAGCAUAGAUCUCCUCUGGAAGCUACCAAAGUGAAUGGAGAUGCUGGGCAUGUGGACUUCAUUGACAGCAGUGUGACAGAGGAGGAGGAGAUGAGGAUGCACCCCCCCACACCCCCCCUCACAGCUCCUCCUCUGGAGCAGAGUGAGAGCUCUUCCCCGUCCCAAAGCCACGACUCAACAACAUGCAGGUCCAGCCUCCAUGUGGACGUGGGACCCCCAUCCUCGACCUCCCCCCUGUCCCCCUCCAGCCCCUCCCUGGAGGAGCGCAGGAGGCCGGGCACCCUGUUCAUCUGGCAGGAGAGAGAGCGCCUGCAGCAGCAGCAGAGGGACAAGGCCAGUUUGCUGAAGUCAUCCACCAAAACAGGAAGUCAUGUGGCCCCUGCACCACAGACAGGAAGUAGCUCAGCUGGUGGAUCUCCAGAGAACAGCAGCUCUCUGUCAGGGCUCCGGCAGCGCUGUGCAAGUGCUGAUCAGAUGAGCGCAGCGCCUCCUCCAACACUUCUGCAGCGCUCCAGCAGCAGAUCAGAUGUUCCGUCCUCCCCGAAGACGUCCUCCCCCCCAGGUCAGACCCAGAGACCCAACAGCUUCCUGUUCCGCGCCUCCUCCCGCACCAACGUCAAACCCACAGUGUUCACUCUGGGGGAGUCUGGCAGGAGCGAGUCUCGAACCAUGCUGCGUUCUCCUAAAGAGGAGAGGGCCGACAUCACACAACUACGCCAGACUCUGGAGUCCCGUCUGAAGAUCUCCCUGUCGGAGGAUCUGGGCGAGGCCUUGACUAACGGCACGGUGCUCUGCCAGCUGGUGAACCAGAUCAGAGUGCGCUCCGUGUCCAUCAUCCACGUCCCCUCCCCAGCAGUGCCAAAACUGAGCUCAGCAAAAUGUCGACUGAACGUGGAGAACUUCCUCUCUGCGUGUAGGAAGCUGGGAGUCUCUGAGAGGGACGUGUGUGUGUGCUCUGAUGUGCUUCUGUGUAAGCUGCCCGCUGUGCUGCGCUGUGUGAGGGCCCUGCUGGCUGCUGAGGGGGGGGAGACGGGGGAGGACCAGUCCCCCCGCCACUCCUCGCCUUCGUCGCCAUCACCCUCCUCCUCCUCACUGCUGUCCACAGACUUCCUGCUGUUCUACUGCGCCGUCAUGGCCCUCCUCUACGUCCUGUACUGCUACCUGCUCCCCUAGAGGAGCAGCACACACACCUCAUAUUCACUGCUGCUCUGCACACACACACACACACACACACACACACACAGUCACAGCGAGAGUGAGGCUCACACAGCUGCUGCCACACUGGGCCUCUCAGACAAUACUCCGCAGUGUGUUUCAGUAUGCACACAUGUCCUGAGAGUGUGUGUCCACACCCCACAGCUGCACUGACACAGAGCAGGCAGCGAGCACCUUCAGAACCAGCAGAAUCGCUUCAGCUCUUCAUCAGAAAGCACUAGAGUGAUACACACACUACAUGAGCAGGGAGAUGCCUUAGCCUCGGUUAGCCUUCACUCUGAGACACACAGCAUGUUUACAGGAGUGAGAGGUGGAGCUGCUCCACACACAGACUCUGGGCAGAGCAGAGGAACCACAGACGUUCUAUGACCUGUGUCUUUUUACCAAUCUGGCUUUAGGUGCAUUGAAACUGCAGCCAUUAGGAAUAUUUUAAAGCCAAAUCAUUUGUGGCUCACACCUCAAUAUCCUCCCUGGAAUUUCUUUUAAUUUUGCACAUUGUACAAAUAGGUUAACAUGGUGACACUUGAGGAGUUACCUCAUAGUUGAAACUGUAAGAAUCUGCUGCUCUCUCAACAUGCAGCUGUGCUUUGUAUAUGCAGUGUUGGUUUCUGAGCACAACUAUAUACAGGGGCGCAAUUUUCUUGGCCACUUGGUGGCAGUGCAUCCAUCUGUAAACAAAAAUGGGACAUUUUCACCUUAUGAAGUGAUAGAAGCCACUUCAACUCUCCUUUUAGCUCUGGUUUGGUCUCCAGCCACUCAGAGCUGUGGUCACCAGCUAGCUACUUGAGUAUCUAACCCGCCAACAUGCACACCAACAUUGUGUUACAGUUGGGUGGAUCUUAAGAAGAAACGUGGCCAUUAGUUUUACCGAAAUGGAUGGCAUUGUACUCUCCAAGUAGAAAGAGGAGAUCAGGUAACAUCACUCUGAGGGGGUCCUAACGGGGGGGGUCAGGCGAUCACAGUAUAACACCAAACAGAUUAGACGGGUGUAUACAGUAGGAAGAUGUUUCUCAGCUCUGACCAGGUUUCCCUUUGAGAUGAUCUGUGUGUUCAGAGCAGCUCCACCUCUCAGACAUGUUGGUCCCCGGCUGUGUGUCCGUAGUCAGACCCCUCCCUGAGAGAAGCUGAAGGAACCUUAAACUGAAAUGUGAAUGUGACAUUUAGCCUUGAACCGAAUGCAUGUUGGCUCAAUGUGAGGCUGUUCCCGUGAGACAGAUGCUGAGUGCCUCUCUCUGAACACUCACACCUUCUGCCCCUUUUUAAUGUCUGCUGUGCUAAGCGUGAGCAGCAGGGGUUGAUGUCGGCCUUCACGUGUCCAAACGGUACAAACCCCUGCAGGGGGGUGUGUGAGUGUACAUUUUGUUAUUGUUGUCAUCGGUCAGUUUGACCAGGUGACUUGUAUAAAUGUAAACAGGCUAUUAAGUUAUUUCUUUUUAUUUAUUUAGAAUUCUGUUCUUGGUUAUUUUGUUUCAGGUGAAACGGCAGAGGCGUCACUAAUUUAAUUCAGUCAAUAGUUAAAAGGCUUUUGUAAAAUCAAUGUAUGUGCUUUCAAUCACACGCAUGCCAAUUUAAUGUGAUCAAUAUUGAAUUAUUCAGCAUUAAAACAACAUUGAUUGUUUAAAAGUUUCCCCCUUCAUUUGAUUGGUAAAUGAUUGAUUCCCUGGAGGACAUUUACCCGAGCAUCAAAGGCCUCUGCUGGUUCUACCUGGCUGCUCAUAGAAGGUCAGAGUCUGCAUCCAAACAGCUUGGAAUAUCAUUGUGACGCUUAUUGGACUGAAAGCUUCUAUCCAUAGUGAGAUACUAGGACUCACAUGAGAGCGCUAAAACAUCUGCAAAUGGAUUUGUAAUCUUAUCUCAAACAUAUGGAAACAAAACACGUGUCAAAGUGGGGACCAACAUAACAUUCAGCAACCGACCUGUUGGGCCCACUGCGUAGUCGAGGCUCCAUAUGUAGGAGAAACCGUCCUGCUCAAAGUGUUCAAUAUUAAAUCAAUUGUAUAAAAUAUGCAAAUUAACCAAUCUUAAAAAACAUAAAUUAUUAAUACGGAAGCUGUUUUUUCCUAAUAAAGUUUAAUUUAAUUUACUGUCAUCAUAGAAGCUUUAACGCAAAAUGUCCUUUUUCAAAACUAUAUUUCACAGCAUUUGUGCACUUGUAUUUCUUAUAUAAUGUCACUUGUUAACAGUACGGUGGUCUCCAUCCAGCGCCUGCCUCUAAAUGUUUCUGUUUCCAGCCUCUUGUUGCUUUAUUCGGAAUGACUUUAGCACUUUUGCUUCUCAAGCUAACGGGCUGGGAGUUGUUGAGCCAGUUUGCUCAAAGGCAGGGGCAGUACCACUGGAAAAAUUGCCAUUAAAGUUUUGAAAUAAAUGUCUACAACUAUAAACUUGUAAGAAUUAUGAAAUAACAUCUCACAAGUUUAGAUUUCUAAAAAAGAAUUCACACAAUACAUUUACAAAUAUCUAUUUCAUAAAGUAUUUAUAUGUAUUUAAUAUUAAACACUUUGGGGGCCCAAAUAGAAAAAGCUAUUCUGUCGAUAUUGCAAUUGUAUUUGAUAAUUGUCCUUAUGCACACUGGUUCUUUUAGUCCACAUCUUUUCAGGAGUCACGCUCCGUCUCGUGUCUCAAGUUCUUUACUAGCCUGCUGUUAAAAGGAAAUGUUAUACUGUUUCAAUUCUAAUGUAGAUUUUAUAAAUGAAACUGGAUGAGCAUCAGACGGUAAUCUUUCACUGGCUUAGACCAAGCUAUGUUCUUUGAUAUGUUAGCGGAACAGAAUUGCAGUUGUAUUUUAUAUUUAUACGAUACCCUUGUAUUAUUGAGAUUCUUUUUUGAGUUUAUAUAAAGCUAUAUGUAAAGGUUUUUUUCCCUUCGCUGUAAAGAAAUUAUUAAAAAGUGAACUUUGACCGUGUGCUGUUUGUCUGCUUGCCUGCUGUGCUUUGCUUACUCAGCAGAACUCUUUAAUGUGAUCUUCAUCAGGGUGUCUGCAGCUGCCUCAGAGACACAUGUCCACUCACUGCUCAUCAGGUCCCGAAGUAUAAACAUAUUUAAUGUCAAAACAAGUAGGAUUUUCAUUUCAAGCUAAUGUUUGUCAAAAGAUAAGUCUGGUGAUAUUCCAUGAGUCUACCAACAUGUAUGUGCCCUGAUGCUCCAGUCCUGAACGUCUGCUGGAAAGCUAGAGCACCAGUUUUAGAUUAGGAUGCAGGGUUUAAAUCAGACCGCUGAAUGUACCAACAUUGCUCUUAACUUAAAUUGUCCCAUAUCGCAAAACAUCCGAAGAGGAGCUCCACAGAGCUGAGUUGAUAUCUGGGAUGUAGAGAAGAAGGGACUCUUUAAAAUGACUUCUGUGUUUGCACACACACUGCAUUUGGUUACAGUUCUCCCCACUAGCCACAAGGUGGCAGCAAUGAGCCAACCCAACAAUUCCAAUAAAAAUGAUUCAUACAAAGAUAAGAUUUGGGUUUCCUCCAGUGUGAAUUCAAACACUAAGUUUUGUUGUUACAAGAUAAAGAUUCUGCAGGCAGAAGGCCUCAGUGGCAAACCCUCCCCCCGUUCUAAAUGUCUCCUCUGCGUUCAGAGCUCAGAGGUAACAGACUGUGGGUCUUUUCAUGAGAUUUCGAGACCAUCUGAAAAAUAUAGAAUAACACCAGACUUAUUCUAUAAAUGCACAACUAUUAUAGAACUGUUAUUGUUGGAAUUGGAAACCAAUACAGUCAUUGUGUAAGCUCGAUCCUGAUCUAAUGAUUUGAGGAGUUUUCAGUCCAUUUCUCAGCUGGUUGAAGUCUGAUGGAAUGUGGUGACGUGAGCAGCGUGCAGAUAUCCUGAUGUCCACUUUGCCCUGUGCCCUAACCUCUAAAAGCUCCUGUGUGCUCUCCAAACAGCAGCUUUAGUGAACAGGCUUCACGUCACAAACACCCCCCCCCCCCCUGGAGCAGGUGAGUGUGCUGAGCCCCGGUCAGAGGACUCUGACGGUUUGCACCGCACCCUUCACCAUCAGGAGACCCAACACAUAGUGCUGUGGCCUUUCUGAUGCCGUGUGUGUGUGUGUGUGUGGUUGCUAAAGUAAUCACUACAGAGUCGGCAGCAGUGAUUAUGUAGAUUCAAUCUCAGAGCCGUACCUGGAAGGGUUUCUGUUCCUCUCGGGAGCUUCAGGGGCCACAGAGGACCAUCCAGGGGCCCCUCUGACUCGCUGUCUGUUACAUAAACAUGGCUGAGAACCAACAACUUCUUCAAUAUAUGGACAAUAACCCAAAUAUGUGUACUUAUCAUGGUGGAGCUACAAAAGCCUUUUUACGAAAAGUGUCAUAACAGAAUUCCCCAACAAAUAACAUAAAUUAUUUUUUCAAAAAUAGAUUUGAUUCUCAAGGUUAACUCAUUUCAAGGUCUGAAAAUGGUCUGAUUCAUAGCUGUGACAAAGCAUAACAGAAGUCAAACAUCACAGAAAACAUUAUUAGAUUAGUGGUUAUUUACGUACUGAUUACUGCUAAAGGGCACAAUGGCAGAAAGUACAAGUUACGCUGUUGGAAUGUCCUGUUGGGUUACCCAGAGCACCACUGUGUUCAGCUAGAUGCAACUACGCUUGAUCAUUCAUAUAGACAUAGCAAUCUCAUGUUGGUGGAAAGCUUCAAAUGAGUAUAGCUCCAUCCACAGCAGCCACUAACUCAACAUCGCCAACAUCUGGAUUUGUACAUUCGGCUGCGUCUGUGCUUUGAACCAUCAGCAACGUCUUCCAUUCAUAAUGCCUAUUCCUACAUUAGUAAGUGAGGCAAAAGUCAUGUCAUCUGUAACGUCUACAGUGUAUCGUAAAGACACUUAGUGCUAAAACAUGUCUACAUAUAUAAGGUGUUCAGACUGUCACAUGACCAAAUAACAGUAACUGAGAUGAUUGGUCUUAUCAAAAAUCCUGAUGGAGUUGGACCACUAAUACGAGGUAUGCUGAGCCCCUCUGAAGUCACAGUACGUCACUCUGCAUAAUGUGAAUGCAGAAAGUAUCAUCUUAGCUUUAGACUUGAUAGUUAUGUGGAUUGAGUUUUAUCAAACUAUAUUUAUGUAACAUUCAAUAGUUAUACAAGAGACAUCCUUUUGUUCCUUCUGUUCUGAGGCGCAGCUGUACAGUAGCUGUUGAACUGGUGUGUGUGAGGUGUGGAGUGUGAGGAGGAGGAAGAGGACGGUGUGUUGAUGACCUGAUGACUCAGAGCUGUGACACUUUCUAUCUGUUCAAGCUGAACUCACUACAUGUAUUACUAUCACUGAGAUCCCAUGUGGUGCAGUCUCAUAUUCACUCAGUCACACAGCCCACAUACACACCUGAGAGCUCAUGAUGGUUUGAAUGACUCAAACACGUUAUAAUUCAGAUCACACACCCUUUUCCAUUAAACACACCACCCUCCUGUACAGUGUGAGUGUGUGCUUGUUCUGAUGCACACGGUUUCUUGUUUCAAAGCAAAGUUGUUUUAGUAACUCUGGUUUAAUAGCUUUCCACUUCAGCCCUGAAGGCAAUAAACACUCCAACAUGGUGUCGAUGUUUGUGAUAUCCACUGGACUGAAAUGACAUGAUUUCCAGGGAAUGCCACUGAGCACGUCCUGUCCACGUGUGAACCCUUCUCCACGAGCUGGCCUCAUAUGCUCAGUUUACAAGCUAAUACAAUCUAAUACAUUUCACAGCCAAAGGGUUGCUUUAAGACCAUAUGUUACUUCAUCAUAAAUAUUUAUUGUAACAGAUAAUACCUACUUGUUUAAAGGGUGGGGCGCCACAUGGGGACACAUGCUAUCCAGAUUGGAAUCCAGGAUUUUAAUAAUAGGAGAAAGAUUAAUAUAAUUUAUUCUUCAUUUAUUUGUAAGUCAAAAUGUAACAAUUCUUUGUAAAUGUAGCAUCCGUCAAAUAAUGUAAGCCAUGGCUCCUGACACUCCUCCAUGAUCGCUGAAAGAGUGAUACUCAUGUUUUGUUGAUCAUUAAGGAAAUAUAAUUGUAUAUAUUGUAAGCAAUAUGACUGCAGAUGUAGUCUGAAUAGAUAGAACGGUACAGUAUGCCUCGUUUCAACUUUUUAGAAGAAUCCUCGGUCAGAAAGCCAGGCAGGGUUCACAUUGGAGCUGAGAGUUAGCAGCUGGCUUGUUUCGUUUGAUGUGUUGAAAACAACUUGGAAGCAACAAGGCACUGAUAUUCACAGAAGGCGUGUUUUGGGUUCCAACAGAGGUAAAUGCAGCACAUUCUAGCCCUUAAUGAAUGUGUCCAAGCAUGUGCACGUCUGCAUGAAUCAUACAGUAUGUAUAAAGCCUACCUGCAUCUGUACAUGUUUCCUCCUCUCUUCCCAGGAUUCCUUGUGUUCCCCCCAACUCAUCACGGAGGACGAGGGGCUGAGUCGGCUGGCUCAGACCGUCCAAUCACUGGUGGACCUGGCCGACAGCUCCCAGCGGGGCCCCAGGACCCAGACGUAGGGGCCGAGGCUCAACGCAGUGCUGAUUCAUCAGCAUCACACCGGAGAUCCAUCUCAGGGCCACGCUCCAUAUUUAACAUGUUCAAUAGUUACACACACUGUGUCCAAUACAUGUCAACAAUAAAAAGACCUCCAGUAUGAAAAUGA